AGAAUGGUCGUUUAAUAAAACGCUAGUACUGCCACUGUCAUUACUACUGCGUUUAACUACAUACGAACUGUCGGUCCUUCCUAAUCCUAUAAGUCCAUUGGUUCAUUGCCUUUCAAAUUGUAUACGAACGACAGGUCGUCUGGAAAAGCUGUUACUCCGAAAAACUUGUUUUCUGAAUUCACAUGCAUUUCCAUUUGAUUAUUGCAGAACUCCUGACAUCUCACAUGGUUGAUUCACAAAAGCUGAAUUGCUAGCUUCUAUGAUGUUGGCAAGUGUUAACCAUGACAUGAGGCAGCACAUAAUAAAACUCGUUGCUGAUGGGUUCUACAAAGAAGCCAUUUCCCUUUAUUCUCAACUGCACUCUUCCUCUUUGCCUCCUCACCAUUUCACCUUCCCUCCUCUUCUUAAAGCAUGUGCUAAGCUAAAGUCCACUCUCCAUGGCCAAAUUAUCCAUGCCCAUCUCAUCAAAACUGGCUUCCAUUCAGACGUAUAUACAGCUACUGCCCUCACUCACAUGUACAUGAAGCUUAAUCUUUUAAAUCAUGCUUUGAGAGUGUUCGAUGAAAUGACUAACCGAAACCUGGCCUCUCUUAAUGCAGCUAUUUCUGGGUUUUCACAAAAUAGGUAUUGCGAGGAGGCUUUUUUAGCAUUCAGAGAGGUGGGUUUGUGUGGGUUUAGGCCUAAUUCAUUGACCGUAGCCAGUGUAUUGCCUGCGUGCGAUAGUGCUGAUCAUUGCAUGCAAAUGCAUUGCUGGGCUAUAAAGUUGGGUGUGGAAAUGGAUAUUUACGUGGCAACUUCAUUGGUUACUAUGUAUUCUAACUGUGGAGAGGUAAUUUUUGCUACAAGAAUAUUCAGAGAGAUGCCUAAUAGGAAUGUGGUGAGUCAUAAUGCGUUUGUUUCAGGGCUUUUGCAGAAUGGGGUGCCAAGUAUAGUAUUGCAUGCGUUUAAGGACAUGAGAGAGUGUUCAAUUGUCAAACCCAAUUCAGUUACACUAGUUUCCGUUAUUUCUGCCUGUGCUUGUCUUUUGUAUCUUCAAUAUGGAAGGCAGAUUCAUGGGUUCAUAAAAAAGACUCUUGCGAGUUGUGACGCUAUGGUAGGUACUGCACUUGUAGACAUGUAUUCCAAGUGUGGUUAUUGGCAAUGGGCAUACGAAGUAUUCAAUGAACUAAAUGACAAUAAGAACUUGAUAACAUGGAAUUCAAUGAUUGCUGGGAUGAUGUUGAAUGGUCAGAGUGACAAUGCUGUUGAGUUGUUUGAACGUUUAGCAUCGGAAGGACUGGAACCUGAUUCAAUAACAUGGAAUUCGAUGAUAAGCGGAUUUGCACAAUUAGAAAACGGGAUAGAAGCUUUUAACUUCUUCAAGAGGAUGCAGUUUUGUGGGGUAAUCCCAAGUUUGAAGUCGGUUACAAGUCUACUAUCUGCUUGUGCAGCUUUGUCUGCUCUGCAAUAUGGAAAAGUGAUUCACGGGCAUGCUACUAGAACUAAUAUUGAUACUGACGAGUUUUUGGCUACUACUCUCAUUGACAUGUAUAUGAAAUGCGGGUAUUCCUCUUGGGGGCGAAGAGUUUUUGAUCAAUUUGAGAUAAAGCCUAAGGAUCCAGCACUUUGGAAUGCAUUGAUAUCUGGGUAUGGAAGAAAUGGAGAGAACUACUCUGUAUUUGAGGUUUUUGACCAGAUGCUGGAGGAGAAGGUGAAACCAAAUUCAGCAACUUUUAUUGCAGUUCUAUCUGCGUGUAGUCACAUGGGUGAGGUUGAAAAAGGGGCGCAAGUUUUCAGGAUGAUGUCUAUAGACUAUGGCUUGAAACCAAAGCCAGAGCAUUUUGGUUGCAUGGUUGACAUGUUGGGUCGAUUUGGCAAGCUGGAUGAAGCUAGGAAAAUAAUAGAAGAAAUGCUAGAGCCUCCAUCUUCUGUUUUUGCUUCUUUGCUUGGUGCUUGUAGGCAUCACUUGCAUUCUGAGCUGGGAGAAGAAAUGGCUAUGAAGCUCUCAGAGCUCGAACCAGGAGAUCCAAAUCCUCUUGUGAUUCUGUCAGAGAUUUAUGCUGCACUGGGAAGGUGGGAAGAUGUAGAUAGAAUCAGACAAACAAUAAAAGAUAGAGGAUUAAGAAAACUGCCAGGAUAUAGUUUGAUUGGAGUUACAUAAGAAGGAACUACAUUACGCUAUGAUGGAUAUAACAGUUUCAACUCCACUCUUGCUAGUCUCUAACAAGAUCUUGUUUUUCUGCAUCUCCUGAAGUUAUUAUAGAUGUUUAUAUAAGCAUUAUCAAUCAUUCAAAACAUCUUUUACUGAAAAGCCCAAAUAGUUAUCAGAAUGGUUGGGGGGCUCAUAUACGAAACAAGCGAUCACAUCUCUGAGUGUAAUCACACCAGCUAUUUCAUUUUCAUUCCCAGCAACUGCAUAAAUUCGGUGAACUGACUUUGAAGCAAGAAUAUGGAUCACACUACCAAGAGUUACAUCCACCUUGCAUGUUAUUGGCGGGAUGACUCUGCCUGUUUCUUGGGUUGAGCUGAUGAUUUGUGUGAAAUCUGAUACAGUGAGCUGCCUGAAAGUAAAAUGAUAAGAUAAAAACUUAGUUGAAGAAGGUAAAUACUCCAAUUGCUAUGCAUUUUUGCUCAAUUUCCAGAGCUCAAACAGAGGGCUCAUGUCAUGACUAAUUAAUAUUUGCACCAUGUUAUAAUUCUUUAAUAAAUGGACUUAGAUGAGCAGUUUGAUGCAGGUUGAACAACAAUCUUCCUCUCUCUGUCUCUGCCCUGUUUUUUCACCUUUACCUUUUCUCCCUCCUUUCUUCUCUUCCACAAUCUAUUAUUACCUAUUUUCUACUGAGCACUUUACGUGGAAAGAAUUCUAAAACUGAAGGUAUAGCAUUAGCUUUAUCACAUAAUUGUAUCUGCUGGUUCAAAGCUAUUUCUUUUCAUGCUACCUGAAAUUGGUGAAAAGUUCUGGUUCGAGCAACAAAUGCCUUAUAUCCCUUAUGCUUAGACUCCCGACAAUUUUCUUCUUUGGACCCUCUACAACUGGAAGACCACCAAUUUGGUUCUCUCUCAUUUGCUUGAAAGCUUCUAAAAUCAAUUCACUGCUCUGGAUGCUAACAACCUGGCCGGAAGACAUAGCAGAUCCAAAUUAAGUGGGAACCUAGGAGAGUAAUCUGAAAAAUACUCACCUCAUCAGCAGACAUGAAAGGAAGUCCAAAAUCUGAAAUACUUCGUGAAGCAAUACAAUCAAACCAAUCCCUUCCCUUGCAUCCCUCUAGACCAAGGACAAAUGCAGAUUGAGUAAUGAAGUUCUGAAUUUCAGGUUUUCCUGGUUCAAUCACAGGUACAUUUCGCUGCCUAUACUUUGAGAGCAGAAGUAAGACGCUCAACAUUGAACUGUCUGUUGCUACUGGAAGGAAAGGCGCACUGUGGUAUGAUUUUAGUACUGAUCUCACCUGUGACAUUAAGAAAAAAAAAAAAUGAGAGCAAGCAAAGAUUGUAGGACCUCUCUCACUCAUUGAUUCAACCAGUCAGAGUGUUCUUCAAUGAGGUAUAUGCAUCUUUGUUCAGAGAGAAAAGAAACCUGUUUCUAAAUGAGAUGUCGGUUAAUUGAGCCAUACAAAAUGCACAUAUGAGAUUUGGGAUGCAUAAAUGAUGAAUUUAAAAGUAAACUUACAGUGGUUGACUUGAAAUGUUCUUCUUGAAGGAUAACGUUGUAGAAAUCCUCCCCCAAGUUGUUAGCAGCUGCAGGAGCAUCUUUUCCUAGCCCCUUAUCUGCACCCACGCCACCAGCUACAGCGGCACCAACUGCAGCAGCAGUUAGCCCAGCAAUUGCAUCUGGACCUGUGAUGCCCAAUGCUACUGCUCCAGUAGUGCCUAAAGCUCCAGCAACCACACCAGCAACUGUCGUAGUACUGGCGGAUAAAGCAACAGCUGCAAGUUCUGCACUCUCUAACACCCAAAGAACAAUUGCCGAGUAAUCUAGAAUUCCUAGGUAUGUAUCUCUCCAGUCAGAACUGGUUCCUGCAUCUGUUUUUUUACUGGAGCAGACAUUAUGUUGCAUUUGGAUAAAAUCUUGACAGCAUCAGCAACGGAUGUUUCUGCUGGAAUCUCAAUGACUGGAAGCCAAAAAAAGAUCUGUGGCACUAGUGGGAAUGAUGAGACUGGAAUCCUUGCAAAUGCAGAAGUUAAAGUCUCCUGCAAUGGCUGUGGUAUUGCAACAAGGAAGAACUGUGGGCUGCCACGUGCAAUUUCUGUCUUGGGCAAGUAUUUCAUUGGUUAUAUAGCACUUUGUGCCUUUAUGCUUUGAAUUGACAAGCCUAUUUCACUCCUAUCUGAACAGGGUAUUCAUUAUUCGAAUUGUUUUUAUUUAAUUAGAAACAGAUUUAUAUAGAUUAUUAAGUAUUUUUUUUUAUAAAGUAAGGAUGUCAGGUUUUCAAACUUUGGUAGUUCUGAUUCCUUUUAAGGAUUAAUGUGUGUAUGUGUAUGCUUAUAUAGUUGAUCUUUUGAUUAGGCUUAAACCUAAUAAGUAGAAAAAUAUUUUUUUCA